CUGCAACGUACCUGGUUGUACUAAACCUCAAAUAGCAUUCCGUAACUUUUGAUACUUAUAUGCCCAAAUUUAACAAAAGCUGCGCGUUUAUCGAUGCGAAAAUUUCAUUCGUCAGUGUACGACACAAGAAAAGAGAACUUCACGGCAUAAAUGACAAUCCACACUUCGUCAACAUUGAUUUCAUUCCAUACCUGGGGCCUGAGGCGCCAUCCUUUGUUGGUGGGGAACAACGCAUCAUUGCUUCGGCAGAAUAAUACGAUAUUCAUAAAAUUGGGGGAAUAGAAAUAGUGAGAUCAUGACUCACAAAAGUGGUUUUGAGACAUAAAGGUACGCGAUGCUAUAGCUGUUGUACAACACCAGGACUAGCAUGCAAACCACAAACCAGCAGUAGGAUUCAAGUGAACAUCAGCGCAUGUUUGACGAUGGCGACGUCCGUACAAGCCGCUAAUCCGGAAGGCGACGUUAAGGUGACAGCCGAGGACCAAGAGAUGAUCAACAAAUUUGCGCGUCAAAAUGCCAGGCUAGAUGAUGUCACUGAAGAGCUCAAGCAACUGGAGAAAGACCUGCGGAAUUUUGAAGAUGCAGCCGAUGAAAUACUGAUGGCAGAAGAUGAUGUUCCUAUUCCAUAUCCUUUUUGUUUAGGUGAAAUCUUCGUGAGUCUCGAUUCUGAAGAGGCUCAGCAGAUGAUCGAGCAAGCAAAGGAACACAACAAGACACGAGUUGCUGCUCUGCAGGAGGAUGCUCAAGCAAUCAGAGCAGUGAUGGCAGAUCUCAAGUCACAGCUAUAUGGCAAGUUUGGCAGCAACAUCAAUCUUGAGCCAGAUGACAGCUAGCAGUGAACCUUUCCACUUAAACCCUGUGCUUGACUACCACAUAAUAUUAAAAUGUGUAUGCUGCCAUA